CCAGCAGAAGCAGAUCUGAGGUUUAGACUUCAGUCUCUCUGAGCCUCUGCUGUCAGAGCAGCACCGGACCUUUGUGUGCAAGCAGCCUCUGAUCAACAUGAAGAGAAGCCACAAUUACAGCUCGUCAGACAGCGACCUGGACGACAGUGUUGAGGUGGAGAAAGACAGUGGAGAUGAAAAUGGACAAAUUGAUUCUCACGGCUCCAUGUCACCCUCCACCACCACGCAAGUUCAAGCCAGAAAAAGGCGCAGAGGGAUUAUUGAGAAAAGGAGACGUGACCGUAUCAACAACAGUCUCUCAGAGCUGAGGAGACUGGUGCCAAGUGCCUUUGAGAAACAGGGUUCAGCUAAACUGGAAAAAGCAGAAAUACUGCAAAUGACCGUGGACCAUUUGAAAAUGCUUCAUGCAUCUGGAGGCAAAGGUUACUUUGAGGCUCAUGCUCUUGCUAAGGAUUACCGCAGCCUGGGCUUCAGGGAGUGCCUGGCAGAGACAGCCCGCUACCUGAGCAUCAUCGAGGGCCGGGACAGUACGGACCCCCUCCGCGUGCGCUUGGUGUCCCACCUCAGCAACUGUGCCUCUCAGAGGGAGGUGCACUCUGGACUGGAACACUUGGCCUGGGGCUCUGCCUAUGGACAUGCCCCGGCCCACCUCCCCCACCCUCUCCUUCUACAACACCCGCAGGGCAGGACACCUGCAUCCAGGAGCAACAGUAGCCCACCCUCCUCCUCCCCUUCCUCCUCUACAUCCUCCUCAUCCUCCACUGAGGCAUCUGGGACAUCCAGACUCAGUGUCAUGCCCCCCACAGAGUCCCUCAGGGUGUCCCCUAACAGCUCGCUGCCCCUCACUUUGCCUGUGCCAACAUCAAAGCUCUCGCCGCCGCUCCUGUCAUCCCUCUCCUCGCUUUCGGUCUUCCCCCUCUCCUUCGGUACUUUCCCUCUCGUCUCCCCAACCGCCCUCAGCACUGUGAGCCCCUCCUCCACCCUGUCGAAGCCUUACAGGCCUUGGGGCACAGAGAUUGGGGCCUUCUGAAGCUAACAACUGGACUGAAGGCAACAGCUGAGCUGUGCCCAACACACAGGCUAGGCAGGACGACCUGCCUCAUCUGUUUUUAUAGUAAUGAAACACAGGGGAACAAAGAAAACUGAUUUUAUUUUAUUAAGUAUAAAGUGGGAGACGUUGCCACAUGAUGUGAUUUCAUUACUCUUAUCAAGAAAGAAAUUCUAAAUGAUUUUAUGUUAUUAGUUUAUAUUGAUAACUAAUUUAGUCGAUAUGCACUGUCUCCAGGUUGAGGACUGAUAUGAUGAUGUAAUGUUCGGGCCAUGCAUAGAUUUACUGUCUGCACAAAUUUAUAGGAAAUAUGUUGUAGACCAGAUCCUUUUACAUUUGUCGAGCACGGACGUUUGUAUUUAACAUCAUGUAGAGUUACUUUCGUGUGGUCAGAUUCUUUAGCGUGGUGAGAACUUGUGGAAGUGAAUAUGCAUAUUUGUAUGUGUCAUUCUUGGUAAACUAACUACUUCAGACUUGGAAAGUUACAUUCUUGUAUCUAUUUGUAAUGUUUUUGGACCAAUAAAUUGAGUUUAAAAGAAGUAAA